AUGCCCGCCCUCUCCCUGGCCCCUCCCCCAACCAUCCGCCUCCUCAACACCUCCCUCCCCCUCCUCAUCCUCUCAGAACGCCUCGCCUUCUACCCAGGCAGCUGCGUCUUCAAACUCGUCUCCUCCGCCGCCUUCCUGGCCGGCCCGCUCUACUACCUCGCGCCCUCCCCUUCGCCUUCGCCUUCACUCUCGCCCCUCGACUGGCGACAAUGGCACCCCUACCACCUGCGCAUCGCCGCCGGCCUCCUCUUCUCCGCCGUCGGCGACUACUGCCUCAUCCCCGCCCGCGCGGAGUACUACGAGAAACACACCGGAUCGCUGGCGGCGCGCAAGGAACGGGCGGGUGAUGGCCACGGCGAUAACGAUGACAACGAUGAGGAGGAGGAGGAGGAGGAGGAGGAGGAGGAGGGAAAGAAACCAUCCACCUCCGUCAAAGUCGGCGUCUGCGCCUUCGCCGCCGCCCACGCCGCGUAUAUCCUCGCCUUCUUGCAAGACAAUAGUAGCCACAGCAGCACCAGCACCAGCACCAGCACGGCCGCCGCCGCCGCCGCCAGCUCCUCCUUCUCCCGCCCGAUAUUCACCAGCACAUUCGCCGCCGCAAUGCUCCUCGCCAGAUGGCUCGGCGUCAUCUACCCGCCAGCCAACGGGAACGGGGAGCGGAAGCAGCACAAGACGACCACCACCAACGGACCGCAGCGCCUGCUCCGCACAAACGUCCUCAACCUCGCGAUCCCAGCCGACAUGCGCGCGCUCGUCGGCGGCUACGCCGCAAUCAUCAGCGGGAUGUUGGCGGUUGCUGUGUCGACUGCGACUGCGACUGCGACUGCGACUGCAUGGCCGUAUCAGCGUGCGCUGGGCGCGGCGAUGUUUGUUGCGUCCGACCUCUUCGUGGCGGAGGAUAUGUUUGGGAGACGACGGCGGGGCGGGGCGGCGGGGCGUGCGCAGCGUCCGGGGUGGCUGCGGCCGGCGUUGGGGUUUGGGUUGUAUUUCUGGGCGCAGAUGGUGAUUGCGGGGACGGUGGGGGAGGGGUGA